UACUCACCGACUAAUAUUUAGGUCAAUAGCCUCUUAGAGUUUUUGAAAUUCCAGAUCCUUAUUUCAGGGUGUCUCUCGUCAAAUCAGAUUUCUAAUAUUAUACGAGCUGCGCUACACUAAGAGAGUGGUCACCAUUUUGUUACAGAAAUGCUGACGUUUGGAGUUUCUUUUAAUCCCACUUUAUGUGGGAAAAUGUAAGUGGUUGAAUGUUGCUACUGACCAUGAAAAAGGCAGAUCAGACCGUUACAAGCCACACAAGCCCUCUGACAGGAUCACUUGACACUCCAUCCGCCCCUUCUCCUGCCUCCAUCCCUCCGUCUUUUCCGCUUUCUCCACCCUCCCUGCCCUCCUCCAACCCUCCUGUCCGGCCGUGUCGACCCAAACCGCCCCCUCCCGCGGUGAAGUCCCCCCAGCUCCCCUCUUGUCCUCCUCUACCUGAGUCCACUCCUUCACCCCUUCCUGUCCCUCUCCCUCCUGUCUCCAAACCUCCUCAUCCUCUCCCUCCUGUCUCCAAACCUCCUCCCCCCCCCCUCUCCUCCAAUCCUCCUCCUCCCUCCGUCCCUCCGCCUCUCUCCUUCAACCCUCCUCCCCCAUCUCUUCCCCCUCCUCUCUCCCCUACUCCGGUCUCUCCUUCUCCCGUGCCUUCUCUCCAGCCGACUGUCUCCUGUGAUCCCUCCCCCUCUUUCACUCCUACUCCUCCUCCUCCUCCUCUUCCUCCUCCGUUGUCACCCUCCUCCUCCUCCUCCUCAUCCACUCCUCCACCUCCACCUGUUAUCCCACCAUCCUCUCCAACCCCUCCGUCGCUGAGUCUCAUAGAUCGGCUGGUUUGGAGCGUCUCGGUAUGGCAGCCCAAAGGACUCAGCCAAGACCAAAGCACUAGUGUCAUGGAGAAAGAGAUGGCCGGGGCAUUCCUGGUGAACAGCCCAGAGGACAAGGGCAUGACCCUGUCGGUGCGGCUGCCUGAUGAACAGGAGGCGCCGCUCGUACAAAACCUGACGGUCAAACAACACAAGACAUUUCUCCACUUAGAUGGUUCCUCUCUGGUUUUUGAUGACAUCUUCAAAUUGAUCUCCUUCUACUGUGCCAGCAGGGACAUUCUGGCCAUUCCACUGAGACUACCCCGGGCUAUUACCACAGCAACGAAGAGAGAGGAGCUGGAGGUCAUCUCCGCAAUGGGUGCAGAUUUCUGGACGUCUGAUCUGAACCAGCAGGCACAGAACCAGGACUUGGUUUUGGAUCACAACCACAGCAAACUGUACGUGUACAUCAACCCAGUCACUGUAGAGGAGAGCCCCCACAAAGACCUGAACCACUCCUCUACCUCCAAACUUGAUAGCAUCGCCAAUCAAAACAUCACUCCCUCCCUGCAGAAUGGAGAAGCCUCACAGAAGAUCAGCACAGCCAAGGUCAAAGGUCAGACUAAGACCACACCCAGCCACGAGAUUAAAUACAAGCGCCCCCCACCCCGACCCCCCAGCCUGGGCUCAGGGUCAGGCAUGGGCCUUCUCUUCUCCUCUCCCCCCUCGCCUCACAUUUCAUCUUCUGUGACACCAGCAGUUGAGAGAAAAAAGGAAGGAAAGGGAGGAGCAGGAGAGAGAGAAGAGAGGAAGUCAACGUCAACAUCACUUACUCCAUCGAGGCCGCCCGUCCCGCUGCAGAGCCGAGCCGCUCCCCCGCUGCCUCCUGCUCCUCUCCGUCGCACCUCGUCCAAGAAAAGCACUGACCGAGAGGUAGGAGAGGGGACGGAGAGAGAGAAGGGAGAAAAACCUGCAAAGAAAACGGAGAUAGAGGGGGGAGGAGAGAGAGGAGAGGAGAAAACGGGAAGUAAAUCAGGUCAGCUGGAUGAGGGGGUUGAGCAAGAGAACAGUAGCCAGCAUCAAGAGGAGGAGGUCAAAAAGGACGGGGAAAAGAGAGAGAAAGAGGAUGAGAAGGAUGAAAGAGACGUGAAAAUGGAUGAAGAGGAGGACAAACAGAAAUCCAGCUCCCCGUGUUCUCCGUCAGUGAAAAAGCCGUCCCGUCCAGUCCCUCCGCCGAGGAGGAAACCGUGUGCCCCAAAAGCACCUGUGUGCCCCAACCAGGCGGGAGGAGGAUCAGCCAAUCAGACUGCUGGGAUGAGAGGGCCCCCUCCUUCCCCGGCGCGGCGGCCAGAUGUGUCGCUGUACUCGCCGCAGGGCGGCGCUGUGCUAGGAACUGAUCCCGACUCCUGCUCUGCCAGCAGCACAGAGGAAGAAGGAGAGCUGAAACAGGAGCAGGAGCAAAACCACAAUCGCCCUGCAGAGAGUCACAACCCAGUAAAGAGAACCUCCACCACUGUCAUGUUGGACCGAGCACGCUACCGCCUGUCCAACGUCAUCACGGGCCUCAUCAGCCACGACCGCCGCCUCACACAGCGCAUCGUAGAGCUGGCCAGGGACCCCCUGAGCUACUUUGGGAACCUGGUCAAAGAGCACCGUGCAUUCACCCUGGAGACCAUGUCGAACCACUCCUCCUCCACCGAGCUGUUGCAGGAGAUCAGACAGAUGAUGACUCAGCUGAAGAGUUACCUACUGCAGAGUACCGAGCUGCAAGCUAUGCUGGAGCUGCAACAUCAGUAUGCACAAGACAAACUGGAGAGCAUGGUAGAAGCUGCUCUGUGUAAGAGUGUACUGAAGCCACUGAGGGAGCCAAUUUACCAGUGUCUGGAGAAACUGCACACCGACGACGGCAGCCUGAAACAACUGGCACAGAAUCAGUCUGCCGUCCUAGGCAGCACCACCACGGCAUUAGGAGUAACCACUGCCAUCCCCGAGGCCUCUACUAUGGAGAAGAUCAGCAUCAAACUGAACAGCCUCCAUAUGGAGUAUUCUCCCCAGAAAAAGAUUGAGUUUAUGCUGAAGGCCUGCAAGAUGAUCUAUGACUCCAUGUCUGCCAGCAGCCCAGGGCGGGCCCAUGGCGCUGAUGACUUCCUGCCUGUAAUGAUGUAUGUCCUGGCUAGAUGCAAUCUGUCCACCCUGAAGCUGGAUGUUGAAUAUAUGAUGGAGUUGAUGGACCCAUCAUUAGCCCUAGGAGAAGGUUCCUAUUAUCUGACCACCACCUACGGGGCUCUGGAGCACAUCAAGACUUUUGACCAGCAGAGGACAGCAACACGGCAGCUCAGCAGAGAGGUUCAGGACUCCAUCCACCGCUGGGAGAGACGACGCACACUCAACCAGGAACGCAUGGCCCAAGGAUCUAUUCGGGACUUUCUGACAGUGUGUUGUCCAGAGAUUGGAACCAACCCAAAAACUCUGGGCGUCCUCCCCACCACGACAAUGGAACAGCUAGCUGAGCAGUGUGCUGCACGCUUUGAACAAGACGGCUACGUGCUCAAUGUGUACAUGGAUGGUGUUCACCAGCCCGUGGCUCCUACAGAGCUGGCCCUCACUGUUAAGAACAGUUCCCAACCUGGAGCCUACUGCUUUGUCUAUCACCCUAUCGACCAACCCAUCAAGCAGCCUGGCCGCAGCUGCCCUACUGACCCGCCUCCGGGUCCACCCGCAGAAAGCUUCUCCCCAUCUGACUUUGCAGCUGUCGACACUGUGGAGCCAGAGGCGGAAGAGGAGAGUCUGAUUAGCUUGUAACUGCUCCAGCUGGUGACUGCAUUUACAAGCAAAAAUGUAGGAAAGGGUUUUAAUCUCAGGUCUCGCUUGAAAGGUUGAUCUAAUUUAAACUUCAUUGAAAAAUAGAACUGAUGUGGAGUAGCGCAUGCAGGAUUACAAAAUAUUGUGUGUGAUGAAAAGGUGUAGUUUGUGGCUCCCUUCUUUUGAAUCCAUUUUACCUGCAUCACCAAAGCGAGCAGUGACCAACUAAAAUGACACAACAAAAGUGAUAAAUGACUGAUUUUGUAUCUCCAAAUGGGGUCUGGAACCCCAGCGACUGCAGGAGGAUAUGGUUUUAUAGAAUGUAAAAACUAUAUGUUAUUCUAACAUGCACAUAUAUGAUCAUGUUUAUACUGUUUGUACUCUUUGAUACUUGAUGCUACUCUCUCUGAUGCUCACAACUGUCUCCCGGGGUAGACUGUAAUUUACCGAUUAUUGGUUCAUGAUUAUAUUAACAGGAUGAAUCUGUAAUUUCUUAAAAAAAAAAAAGUUCACAGCAUUCAGAUCAAUUUUACUUUGUGAAAAAUA